AUCUCUUCGGGUCAGACGACUCACCCAGCUGCGUCUCCCCAACUCCCACCUGAGCCACCAUCGUACUCCUCUUGUGCUGGCACACAACCGAGGGUGCAGAGGCCUGACGGCCAAUGUCACCCGCUCCUGGUCCGGGCGGCGACGCCAUCAUUACAGCCGGAGUCGAUGAAGAUGCACCCCUGGCAAUCGCUGGGCCUUCCUCUCCCUCGUCUACUGCUCAGGGUCCUCUCCAGCGGGGCUCUCUUCAAGCUCAGUCAGACCAAGUCUCGAGCGAUGGGAAUGCCGAAACUCCCAGCCCACGAAUAGCCAGGAGCUCAGCCUCACCGCCAAUCACGACGGAACCUCGCAGCGAUAGCGGCGGCAGCAGCAGCAGCAGCAGCAGACCUCAUCCUUCGUCUAUCGCUGCUGCCUCGUUCUCCUCCCCGCCUUCCUCAUCCGCCCGCUCAUCGUCUUCGGCGAACAUAGAGAGUCAGGCCAAGCAGCAGCAGCGUACAUCUCGGAUCGAAGCGCUGAGUCCUCUGUCCAAUGAGUUCAGCUUCCAGCGAGUCUCAUCUUCCUCGUCGCCGUCAUCGUCAUCGUCGACAGCGCUGGCGGCCGCAUAUAAGCCGUCGGGGAGUGGGAUUAGCCUGGUGGAUCCAUUAGAGGCGUCGCGGCCGGGAGAGGAAUCGGCGAUGACACACGAUGGAAGUCAGAAGCAGGAAGUCUCUCGAUCCACACGUCUUGGAUCGUCUGCCGCCGGGGUAUACGAUUUGAAGGGCGAGGUAGCUCCUGCCUCUCAAUUGACCCCGCUGAGUGUUCCUGGCUCAGGACGACUCGAGGACGUCCACGAAGAGCAAGAGUCGCCAUCCCAGCAAAGCAUAGACGCUGCUGUCGCGCCGUCUCGGCCACCGCCCUCAUCCUUCAUCGAUCCUUUCGCCAGCGCCAGGGCCUCUCGAUCGGUUUACUCCUCUCCCACAGGAGCUUCGACAGCCUACGAGCAGCCUGUGCCCCGGCGGUCUUCGCAACAUUCGCCAAGUUUUGUCAGCCCAUCACCUUCAGCUUCUACUGCUACCUCCUCCUCUUCGUCUACGUCAUCAGCGACUACUCUCCUACCUACAGACUCUACUACCACAUCGCUUGGGGUUCCGGGCCUGGGCAGGCCAGCUCAAUAUACUGGAUCUGCUGCAGCCUCAUCCGCUUCCAAGCUCGCCAGAAGUCCAUUCGAUACCACACCGUCCUUCUCCAGCCCGCUAGCUCAUGCUUUGACUGUUACUGGAGACGCGGCAGAGGAUCUCGACCUCGAUCAGCAGGCAUCUGCCCCAGAUUCGUCGCCUAUGGCGUCGGAUCCCGUCGGCCGAAGGGAAUCAGCCGGAGACUCUCCCAAGCAGGUGGAAGCCUCGCUAUCGAGCUUAGGCACUGCUCUCCAGCAACAGCAGCAGCAGUCCUCGCCCUCAAGCCGUACUUCCAUGUCUCCCUGGAAGCAGCAGGACCCAUCCAGCCCAGAGGCAACCUCAGCAGGAUCAAGGGGCGACCAACAGCUACAUUUUGUUCAGCAACGGCAUCGAGGGUCCCUUCCUGAUGAUCGUAGAGCUAGCAGCGGCUCUUCAAAUGCUUCAAUCAGACGUACGCGCAAUGAUGUCUCUUUCCAAAGGAGGCACGGUAGCAUAGAGGCUCAGCCAAAGACAGGCCAGGUCUCAAGAGUCAUCAGCUCGGGUCGAGGCUCAACAUCGUCCAUGGGGCCACCUCUGAGCAUACCUCGACGACAUGGCUCCUCUGUCUCAUCUACCAACUCUGCGACUCUGGCCUCUGCCUCAACGAGUCCAGAUGAGGGCACGUUCUACGCCUCGAUGCGAGCUCUCCCGAUCAGAGGAAGGGGAGACUUUGAAGGCAGCGAGGGAAGUGGCUCGCCGGGGUGGGCGCGAUCUGCGAGCGGUGCAUCUUCAGUCGAGAGCCCACGGUUGUCAGCUCCGGAGAUACAGCCUCACCUGAGUAGAUCCUCAUCUCUUGCUUGGGAUGCUGAUGAGCUAAGAGCGGCCGGACCAGCUAUGGUUGCCGUAGAAAAUCGAGCCGUCAGUGCCACGACAGCUCGCCGGCGCAAGUCAAGCGCAGCAGCUAUCGCAGGAGCCGGACAUCGGCGGGCAAGGUCUCUGGGCGGAGCUCUUCUGGGUGCAGAUGGCGCAGGCUCGUCGCCCAUUGGAGGUCCGGACGGAGUAGAUCCUAAUCUCGUAGCAGCUAUUCGAGCCGGAGAUGCGAGCAUUCCUGGCACUCCUAUGGGUGAAUCCGCGUCGUCAUCCAACUACUACGACGCCAUCAGCACCUCUGCGGGAGGCAAAGGCAAUCCAUCCACCGCAUCUUCUAGCACGCUACCAUUGUCAAGUUCUUCCGCUACCUCCUCGCUCCCUGCCACGCCUGCAGGAUUUGCCAAAGCGUCAAGGAAGCCCUACGGUCUGCUCAAUGUUCAGCCGGAUACUCGAGCCCUUGCCAAUACCUAUCCGUCAAUGGUGGUGCCUUCGACGUCCUCGCGGAAGCGAGCAGUGACUACUUCGGGCAGUGCAGGGCGUGAAGAUGCGGAAGACUCUGGGAGUCGUCAAGGAACGGCUGUUGAUGCAGACGAGGUUGGCUCGCCGGUGUCAUCGCUGUCUCCGUCUUCCGCGACCGAUCAGCGCUUGCCUCCCAUAGACACCUCGGGAGACUACACGCGCUCGAGAACAAGAAGUCAAACGGUCGCUAGCUCUCCUUCUCAUAGCCCACGUUCCAGUCUCCCGAGUUUGGCUGGAGGUUCUUCUGCGCGUAUGUCACAAGGACUUGGUGACGCAAUACGGCUUCAGAGAGUGCCAGCGUCUGUACGGCUCGCCGGAGAUCUCUUCACGGCUCAUCAACAUUCUGGGACACAAUACCAGUCACAACACGCGAUGGGCAGCGGCAGCCAUCGCUUGAGCCAGUCUAUCUCUGCGAUGUCAUCAGCUUCCGCAUCCUCACAACCGCAAUCGCCCCUUGCACAGCAUGAAGCCCUAAGUCAUGGAUUAGGCAUAGGAGUUCACGGGCAGCCACUUAGAGAAGCCAGCCCGCUGCUACCCGCUACGCCCUCUGCAAGUCCCCGGCCAUCUCCAAGACAUUCUUUCGGUGGCCGCGGGUCCGGUCGCGGAGCCUCGGCAGCGUCAUCUGCAAGCGUCUCGCCUGUGAUACCUUACUCUGACAGCAUGGUUCCUGCACUGCCAUCCGCAAGCUCUGAGGCGAGCCGUGGUAUCCUUGCUCCCCUGACCUCAGCUCGACACAUGUCACGAGACGUUAGCGAUCGAGACCUGUCUUCUGAAUCACCUGCCGCUGGCUUAUCGAUGUCCCUUGGUGGCGGUUCGGCCUUCGCUACUGCUAUGGCCAUUCGGUCUACCAAUACUAGGAAGGCCAGAGCGAGCGCAUCAUCGGGCAGCGCAUACGCUCCGUUGCUCUCUGUGUCGCCCAGUCAGUCAAACAGGUUGCUCCCUAUACGCAAUGCUGCAGACCGCCGGUCUUUUGGGCCGGGAGAGCUUCAACGGAGGUUGGAAGGCGGGAUCGGAAACUUCAGCCAUGACACCUCGAUGUUGCCUUCCGGGUCGGGCUCUGCUGCCAAUACUACAUCUGAAGCUACAGACCCAGCUCUGCCCAGUGACGAGGCAUCUCGACAGCAGGGCCCCAGGUCGCACGGACGUAUGUCCUUCGCCUCUGGUGCUCUGCCAGGUCAGUCGGCCCUGCUGACACCAGGCGAUCCGGACUUCCCCAAGGUGACUGGCACAGACGAUUACGCCCGCUUUAUUGUGCAGAGCCGUACAGCAAAGAUGCAGAAGUGGCGGUCGUCCAAUGCACUUAAAGGAGGCAAAGGCGGUACUGGAGAUGAUGAUGCGGACUCCAAUUCGUCAGAGGAGCAGGAUCAUUCUUACUCAGGCAGUCUGGCUUUGGGCAGAAGAGGGACUGUCGUUGGUCUUCCAGGCUCUUUGACAGGGCCGAGAGGUAGCAACGCCUCAGCUGCUGACUUUAUCAACGCCGCUGUCAUUGAUGCCGACAGCACUCGGGAGAUCGAGUGGGUUGACUGGCUCGACGAGUAUCGGAAGAUGAAGGAGGCAAAGUUAAGGACCGAGCAAGAGGAGCAAGGCGACCCAGGCAUGUCCUCAACAAAGGCGCCAGAAGCGUCGGGCUCAGAUCUGAAAGCGCCUCAAACUUCUUCCCCGAUUGCGGAGACAAGGAAAAGCGUGCCUACUAGAGAUGAUUCGAAUGAGAGCGGCCUCUCUGUCUCGAGUUGGUCCAACAGUGGCAGUGACCAAAAUCAACGUUCUUUCCGGACCCCUUGGCCUCCUUCAACCGAAGAAGACAAGGAGAUCCGCUCGGCCACCCCAGCUACGCCUCUCUCUGCGGAUGCUUUGCGUCGAGGACUUGGUGGUCCGCCACGCAGGCCGUCCGAACCCGCCGGCGCUAAGGAAAGCAGCGCAAGCGCCUCUUACGCCAACCGCAAUCGGCCCUCCUCUGGCCUCGUGCCUUCCAAUCUUUCACCAGUCACUUCCAUGUCUGAGAGGAGAGGGUCAUCUUCGAAGGCGGACAAUCGUCAGGGUACGCGCAACGCGUCUCUCUCCCCUGUCACGAGUAGAACGACGAGUACCAGUACAAGCGGUGGCUUGACAAGCUAUGCCGGUCACCAGAUUCCUUCUGGCAGCAGUGGCGGUCCGUCAAGGAAACGCCGCCACCUUGGCAGCAAGAUCGAAGCAUGGUGGGGCGCCGUCAAGAGCAACUUUGCACAGCCUGGUCCCACUUCGCCGGGGCACCACCGAAGUGCCAGCGGAGGACACUUGGGUGCAGUGCGGCCUUUUGAGCGGCAAGCCAUCAGGACUCGUGCGGAGGGGUAUCAUAGACAUGCCAGCCAGGAGACUCAGAUUCCGGAUGACAUCAAGAUGCGCCUGCCUUCCAGACCGGGAGCCUCAGCGACCGCUCAUACCCCUGCUAGCAAGUCCCAGAGGCCUGUGCUUCGAGGAGCCUCAUCGUCACCGUUGCUCAUGAAGCCUGAGCCCAGGUUUCCAAAUCCGCGAGCGGAGAGUGCGAGUCAGAUCCCGUCGAUGGCGCGUGAAUCUACAGAUACUGCGACCUCAGAGGAGAGAGGUAGGGAGAGCUCCACUGCGGCAUCUUCUCGAGGAAGCUCACGCACAUCGAUAGCUAGGCGAACGAGAGAGCCACCUGCACCACUCUCUUUGGAUCACUCUGGCGCGCCAACCAGUACCUCGCCAACGGUCGGUGCUGCUUCCGAUAUCAGAAGAUUCUCUCCUUCUUGUGGCGUUUCUUCCAACGGCAGUCGGGGAGAAGGCUCUCGCUCGCCCCUAUUUAGGGCGUUGAGCCCUCCUUUGAGCAAGAGCUCGCCCUUGGCCUCGGGGACUGGGAGCCUCGCUGAGGAUCAGCAACAGCAAGCGAAGCCCAGGCGACCUCUUCUUCCACGUAGCGGUACUUCGGACUCAGCCUCGGGUAGCGCAGGUAGCGGUCGUCAAGGUCAGCUACAAGGCCAACCUGGCGUCUCUUCAAAGGACAUCACUAUACAGUCUGUGCGGCGUCACAUUCGUCAUCGCCUCGCUGCCUCAAAGGACAGCUGCGACAAAGAACUACGAAAGAUUGUCAAUGCCGUCAAUUUAUUCGUCGAGGCGAGCAUGGAGGAGAAAGCGCGCCAGGACUUUACCCUCGAGACUGCUUCAGAUGUGGGAGAUGAUGAGUUGAGGAUGCUCGAUGCAGGAAUGCAAGAUCUUCAGCUCGACACCGAAAGUCGAGGAGCACCGGACGACAGGUCCGGAGUGACGGGACGCUCGGCGAGCUUGCAGAGGACAGCUAGUCAACGGUCGCAGAAGAGUAUCUUUGAAGCUCAGCUGCCCAAGUCUGACCUGCUUUCGCCGCCUGAAGCUGCAGAUCCUGACGAAACGCCACGAGCUGGCUUGGGCAUGGACCCCUCGACCGACGCGGCACCAACGCCAAGGAGAUCGGGACCCCAAUCAGCUUCCUCUGGCUACACUCUGCCGCCUCCCCCAGCUCGGUCUUCUGCGGCAUUGGCUCUUUCGGCUUCGAUGCCUGGGACAUCGUUCAGCCUUGCGACCCGCAACCGCACUUCGAGAUCAGUGUCCAGCUCUCGUCCAACAUCGCGUUCUCAUUCGCCCAUGCUUGGAGCUACUCGGCAUGAUCUGACCCAGUUCUCGCCGCCUCGUAAGACACGUCGACUCCCUGCUGAGGACGCGCCACUCGACCCUUACAUCCCGGCCUUGCAAGACAUCGUGGGUCUUGCUCUUGAUGUAUCAGACACCCCGAUCACGGCACUCACGGCCAGACCUGGAGCUUGCUCCGAGAUCAUUGCGCAGGUGCAGACUGUUGGGCAAGCGUGGGACGAACAUCCAGACUGGCCAGGACGUGGAUGGUACGUCCAGCUGCUCCUUGCUGUCGCAGGGCUCAGCCGAGUAGUCGAGUGGUGGGAGGCAGAAAAGGGCUUCUGGAACUUCGACGAUGAGGACGAGCCGCAGGAUGCCCAGCCCAUCAGCUUCGGCUUCGGUCAGUCUGGUAUUUACAACCAAAACCUCGAGGGAGAGGCUCCUCCGGCCGGAAGCCCGUUGAGGGCUAGACAGUCCCUUGCCGGUACCAUCGCGUUGCCUUUGUCCACUCACACAAGCAGCGCUGCAAGCUCUCCAGCGCUCGAGCCUCGAGAUCGUCGAAUCUUUUCCGAGGGCGAUCGUUCGCGAUUCUCACAAGUCGGAUCUGUGCAUGCUCCUGCAAACGACGAGGCAUUCAGACGCGGAUCUCUGACAGAUGGCGCAGCCAGUCUGGGUCUGUCUGGCCUUACUGGUGACGAGGGCGCCAUUCCAGCGAGCACUGUUACACAGCAACCUGCCCAGCAAGAGUCGCCCAAUAUUCUCAUGGAGCUCAGUCUGGAUCAAGAACGAGUCAUCUACGUCAGCCCCGCGUGGCGUCAAGUGGUCGGUACCGACCCAGCCAUGCUAUUGGACACGCCCAUCAUCGAUUUGCUAGCCACAAAUGACGUCGAAACCUUCGCCGAGGCUACGAGACAGUUGCAACAAAACGAAUCGCAUACUGUGGAGAUUGCUUUCCGACUUUUGGUCAUGACAGGUUCAGCCGAUGAAAGCAACGAGUCUGUAGAGCCUCUCAAUCUGUACCAAGAAAUGGAGGGCAAAGGUAUGCUGAUGCGAGAUCGAGGUGACGGCCAACCCACCCAUACCAUGUGGGUUUUCAAGCCCGUCGGCAGCCCCGAGCCCGAAGCCGACCUCUCCUCUAGCCCUCACAAAGCCGCCGAGAUCGACCCCGCUGCAGCAAUCAUUGCCGCUAACAUCAGCACAGACCCACUACUGUGUCGUAUCUGCGAGCGUGAUGUGCCGACUUGGUUCUUCGAGAAGCACUCCGAGAUCUGCAACGAGAUCCAUCGUCUGGAGAUGGAAGUCGGUGAAUGCAACGAAGGCCUAUCUGAAUUACGUCGGACGAUCCGAGCCAUCCUCGCUCGCCUUGACGACACGACUGGAACGGAGCCGCCUGCGGAGUAUCGCGGGGCUCUCUUGACCACCCCAGCGCCUUCCAAUGAGCCACCCUCUGCGAUUGAGCAUCUCAAACUUCUUUCGCCUCGUCCGCCGCCCCCGAGUGCCGUCCGCAAAUCCCACCUUCGAGCUCUCGAAGCAGCUCUCGAGAUCCUACAGACUGCCAGGGAGAUCUCGACGCCAACGAUCAAGGAAGACGAUUUAGCACAGACUGUAGACAAGCAGCGCUUGCUUUCUCCUACUUCGGAGAACAGAAUUGUCCAGGUACGCAAUUGGUUGCCGCCUUCGAUUGAAGACCCUGCCCUAGAAGUUCUCAUGGCUGAUGUGAUGAGUGCAACGCGCAACAAGCUCAGCGUUGUCAACCGGACUCUGAACACGAUUGUGUACGUCGAGACUGUCAGGCUAGAGUGGGAAGAGAGAGUCGACGCUGCUCUGGCCGCUGUAGCACAGGACAAUGAUGAAUCUAUCGGAUCCACGAGCCAAGACGACGAAGGCUUGUCGGGAAGUGAAGCCUCGAACACCUCGGAUGCUGGAGUAUCCCAUCAGCUCCCAGACGCGCCUAUUCCAGCAGAGCUUUCCGUAGUGUCAGAAACUGGCGAGACGUCAAUCAAGGAAAAGACCGAAGCCGAGCAAGACGAAGAGGAUGCUGCCGAGACGUCUGCAAUCUUGUUGGAGAGAGACGACCGAGACGACGCCGAGACGGUCGCCGUGCCACCUUCAGGGCCCCUCUCGGCUCGGAACUUUGGAGCUGAUGUUGACGACUUUGACGAGAUCCCUGGCGUCGAAGGCCAUAUGGGCGGGUCAGUCACUUCUCCAGACCCACCGACGGGCAGUCAUGAUACAACCGGCAUUCCCAUUCCUAGAAGUGGCGGCAUAGCAGCCUUGCAUCCGCCGUCGCGCCCUCGAGGAGAUCUGACGAUAUCGACUCUGGGUGAGGAGUCAGUGAUCAAAGGCCCACCGUCUGUUGUAGCGCAACAGGCUGUGCUCUCCAACAUGAGAAGGACUAGAUCGCGGUCUCGCUCACGCCGGCAGUCUAGCAUCGACCCUAGCCGUGCCGGCAACAUGCUCUAUACUCCACCGCUGUCACCAAGACAAUCGCCCUCUGAUGGCUUUGGUGGCCAAUCUCACGGCAUGAGCUAUGGGUCUUCGAUGCGACGUGUCUCGACUCAUCGCCCUUCGAUGGGCGGUAGUCACGCUGCCAUGUCACCUCGCUUGCCUCCGGCUGCUCCAUCAUCACGUCCUACAGCCUCGUCUAUAAAGGACUUCGACAUCCUCAAGCCGAUCAGUAAAGGCGCAUUCGGCUCCGUCUUCUUGGCCAAGAAGAGGACAACCGGGGACUACUAUGCCAUCAAAGUCUUGAAGAAGUCCGAUAUGAUCGCGAAGAACCAAAUCACGAAUGUUAAAGCUGAGCGAAUGAUCUUGAUGACUCAGACGCAAUCGCCCUUCGUGGUCAAGCUCUACUUCACUUUCCAGAGCAAGGAGUAUCUUUACUUGGUCAUGGAGUAUCUGCCUGGCGGAGACUGCGCUUCGCUUGUCAAGAUGCUCGGAGGUCUCGACGAGCAAUGGGCGAAGCAGUAUCUCGCCGAAGUCGUGAAUGGUCUGGAGCAAUUACACGCCCAGAACGUCGUCCAUCGAGAUUUGAAACCUGACAAUCUCUUAAUCGACCAGAAAGGCCAUCUGAAAGUCACGGACUUUGGUCUGUCGAAGAUUGGUCUGCUGGGACGUCAGACGAGACCGGCUACGGCGGUCACAUCGACUACGGCAGGCAAACCCCCUUUCUCCACCUCCGGGACGGGUCACAACAAAUCUGACUCUUUUGGCUCAUCCGUUGGCACGUCUGGACCAGGUCUGAUGCGAUCGGCAUCCACGCGUAGCAACACGAAUGCCUGGACGGACUCGUCUCUCGGGUCUUCGCCGAUGACGCCGGGAUCCGGAGGGCUAGGACAGAACCAAGCUUUCUUUGUCGCUCCGACCCACGGGGCAUUGGGCCGCAUUGUCAGCAGCGAGUCGAGUGGAUCGGACCUCGCCACAGGAGCACCUGGAGUGAUGGGCAAGCCUCAGCCGAUUGCUAUGGCCACGUCUCAUGCCGAGAGUCCCGGGACACCUUUUGGUCAGCACAUGCUCCUCGACCAACUGAGUCCCUCGGGCCCACACUCUGCCAAUUCCGGCGGAUCGGGCAACCAGCAUCAGCAGGUCAAGAAGAUCGUUGGCACGCCCGAUUACCUCGCCCCUGAGAGCAUUCUCGGUAUCGGUAUGGAUGACAAGGCAGUAGACUGGUGGGCGCUCGGCGUCAUUCUCUACGAGUUCCUCUACGGCUACCCUCCCUUCCAUGCAGAGACGCCCAACUUGGUGUUCGACAACAUCCUGUCCCGCAACAUCGAUUGGGAAGAAGACUCCAUGGACAUCUCGCCAGCAGCUCGCGACCUCAUGGAGCGCCUGAUGUGUACCGAUCCGAAGGAGAGAUUGGGCUCCCGCGGUAUGGAAGAGAUCAAGGCUCAUCCAUUCUUCGAAGGAAUCGACUGGCAGGACAUUGUCAGCAAAGAGGGACCCUUUGUUCCGCAGAUCUCUGAUCCUGAGUCGACCGACUACUUUGACUUGCGAGGAGCGAUGCAACAAGACUUCGUCCACGAAUUCGCGGCUACAGCUCCAAGCGUGACCGCCUUCGCCCAGGCAAUUGAGAACAAGCGGCUUCUGGAACCCAAUCGCACGCCAAGUCGAUUGACGAUCCGCAAUCGUCUGGAUCGCACCCGCACCGAACGUGUUGAGCAAUCGAUAGCCGAUGACUUCGGAUCUUUUAGCUACAAGAAUUUGUCGGUACUCAAGCAGGCCAACGACGAGGUCAUUCGCAAGAUGCGUGAUGAGCAGCUUCUCAGUCAACAAUUAGCUGCUCAGCAGAGGGAGGAGCAGCAUGCCCAGCAGCAACAUCAGCCCAUCCAGCAAUGGCAGCACGGACAGUCAUCGUCUGCUGCUGCGCUGCAGAGCCGCAAUCGCAGUCUGUCAGCCAAGCUUGCUGCUGCGAAUGCAGCUCGUGCUGGUUUCUCCCAGGCGCAAGCUGCAAGACCGCCAUCACCAGCCUUGUCUGUGUCGACUCAGAGUUCGGGCCAAUUGCGGACACGUCAGCCCACCUCGCCCGCUCCUGUCUCUCUCAGUGCCUCUUCUUCACUACGGCAUAAGCCUCGAGCCUCAGACAUGAGCAGCGGUAGUGGUAGUGGGUCCGGCAGUGGCUCACCUGCCGGCACUGGCACCUUCGUCACCACUGUCAUGGAGCGAAAGCGAUCUCAGCUUGCCGAGGACGAUGCUCAGAACACGAUGAGAAAGACCUCAUUACCCUCACGGCUGAGGACAGCCUCUCUGAGCACUACGGAGCAUCGAUCUUCCGCUUACUCGUCUCACCUUGGUGGCUCUGGAUCGUGGAAGCCGCGACACUCACUGGUCGACGAGAACGCGGAGCAACUCUUGCUGGGCGAAAGUCAACCUGCUUCUGCGCCGACAGCAGCCGAUGGCAGCGUGCUCGCAAAGGAGAUUGUGCCUGCCGUGCCGGAAUGUCUGGUGGCCGAAGACAAUCCCAUCUCGCAGAGGAUGUUGUGCCAGGUGCUCAACAAGAUGGGCUGCAAGUGUACAACUGUCAGAAACGGCGCAGACGCGGUCCGGUUGGCCAUGGCGGAUACCAUCUACGCUGUCCUGUUCAUUGAUUUGACAUUGCCCAUUGUCAAUGGCUCGGAUGUAGCCCGGAUGAUCAAGUCUACACGCAAUGCCAAUUCGCAGACGCCGAUCCUGGCCUUGACGCCCUACGACAAGGAGGAGCCUCUGGAUGUCACAGGAAGCGUCUUCGAUGGCUGUAUGACCAAGCCCAUCGACACGGCAGAGGUGAGAGGGUUGAUGCCUGCGAUUCUUACCCAUCAUGCUCUCUUGCUCAGCGGAGCUCUGGGUGGUGCAGGAGGCAGCGGCACAGAGAUCUUGCCCAGCGCUGGCAGCUUCAGUGGUGCCAGGCAGCGAGCUCGAACGAGUCAGGGCGGUCUGGGUCGACCACGGAUGUGGCAGAAGGUGCGAAGUGCCUCUGGUCGGACCAACACUUCCACUCCAGGCUCAGGAUCGGACGGGGUUCCGCUGGGCGGCUACUUCGACGACAAGCAGUCUGCUCUUAUGACGGAUACCGAGGGCGAAGAGGACGAGCAGGAUGAGCUUGGAAAGGAUGCAGAUGCGCUGGCGAGCAAGCUCAGUACCAUUACCUUGGCAGCGGAGGGAGGGCGUGGUAGGACAGGGUCAAGGGACGAAGAUGCGGUACAGGCUCCCGUUGACAGGGAUGCGACACCCCAAUUGUAGCACAGUAGUAUGCGACGGCGACACCGCCAAGGGGGGGGCGUGUGUCCCCCUACAUUUAUUUUCUUGUCCGUAGCACCAUUCUGAGACGUUUCGAAUUUGAUGAACACUUUCUCU